UUAACCCCUAGAGCAACAAUGACAAUAAGAACAACAAACACUCACAGCUUAGGCUGUACUUGCCCUUAACACCACUAACAAAUACACGUGUGGCUCUCUCUCCGUCUUUUUCACCCAAAUAUUGGCAAUAUUUUUAUCUGCGGACACCUGAGAGUUAAUAAAGCAAUAUGAAGCUCAAAAGGACGAGCGGUAAAGGACAGAAGUGGAAGAAGGGCCAGAGCUGUGUGUCUAAUCCUCAAAAUGUCAAACACAGAGAAGCAGCCAGAGGAUGUUUCUUUCAAAAAGUGGAAGGGCAAAGUGGUUUGACAAAGGAUGCCCUUGCUGACCAUGAUGCAGUACUUGGAGAAGUGGAGCAGCAGAUGAAGGCACUUAAUGUGGAUACUGAGGAUCUCUGUAGUGCAGGAAAGACCUUCAAUACUUUUGCCUCCAACUUCACUACCUGCACUAUUCCUGCUUUUGAUAAAUUCUUUAGGAAUUUCAAAACCUCAUCUGAGCUCCAAACCCGUAUGUUGGCCAUUCAUGCUGCAGCACAAGAAUACAUGACAGAAGCUGGCAUGCCAGAGACCUCAACUUCAUAUUUCUGCAGCUUGAUGAUUAGUUUGGAGGGAAUCAUUGACAACGAAGAUGAUGUGGCAGCAACAUUGUCACUGAUUGUGAAAGUCAUCCGUCGUGUCAGCAUAGAAGUCCUUCGUGCCAAAUUCCUUGAAUUUUCCAAGAUAUUGGAUAAUGCCAUCUCCCAAUACCAGUCAUCCAAAAAGGGUGUCUUGAUCAUCAAUCUGAUUGGAUCUCUAUCAGUGCUUCUACGAGCCCAGGAGAAAGUACAGUGGACUCAUCCGCAUACAAUGACCUUCCUGCAUAAAAUUCUUGCCUACACUAUCCAUGAGAAGCCUAAGAUCAGAAAAACUGCACAAUAUAAUAUUGCUGCUAUUCUGAAGAGUUCAUCCUUCAUGGUGGGUGAUGAUAUUCCUAAGUAUGGUCAUCCAGAAGCAGGCGCUGUAGCAGAGUUCUGCAUUUCCCAGCUCCGAGCCUCUAGUGAAAUGGGCAACCCCAAAACUACUCUGCAUACCCUUGUUCUCCUCAGACAGGUCAUUAUGGCCUUCCCGAGAAAACAGUUGAAGUGUGUAUGUGAGUGUAUUCUGUCUAUCAUGCACCUGGGUAAAUCUCUCAUCAACAACUGUGUCCUGCAAGCUCUCUACAGCCUCUUUGUUUCUGAACCUUCCUCAGCUGUACUUCCAGCUGACACUAACUGUGCUCUGAUCCGUGCUUUGACAGCAGAAACAGCUGGUGUGCCCAGCAGUUCACUCGCAAUAGUACCUGGGAUGAAUAAUCCACAACCAGCCAGUGCUUGGAUAACAGUCCUUACAGUAGCACACAUUAACCUCUUUAAACUGAAUGAAGAGCAGGGUAUGCAGCACAUUGUCUCAUGGAUUAAGAACCUUGUACCCUACUGGAGGAGUGAUCAUGCUGAAAUACAUGCAAAGGUGUUUGAGUCAUUUGAAGCACUUUUGCAAGAAUGUGUAGCCAACUGCAGCAAAGCAUUUCUCAGCAGUGACCAGGAUCAUGUGACAACUAUAUUUCAGGCUAUUGAGGGAGGCCUUUCUUUCCAGUUCCAGUCUGCUUGGGGUCAUGUGUUUAAGUGCUUGAAUGUGUGCUUCACAGUUAUUGGUCCUAUUUUUCCAAGCUUGAUGGAGCCAUGUCUUAAAAACCUAACAGAACUUAUGGAAAACUCUCAAAUACCUCACCGUUUGCACCUGGAAGAAGCUAUAGGUGCAGCAGUGAGAGCUCUGGGACCCAAGUCGCUUAUGGCAGUAGCUCCACUCAAAGUGACAGGCAGUAUGGCUGAAGAUGAAAAAAAUUUUUGGGUCCUUCCUAUUCUUAAGAAAUAUGUUAGGAAUACACAACUGUGUUACUUUGAAGAUUACUUUGUUCAUUUAGCUGGUAAGUGCUUUAUGCUUCUUAACUCACUGAAAGAAAAAAAACAAGAAAAUUCUAUUCUGUCCAAGACAUACCAGGUAAUAGAAAGGCAGAUCUGGGCAUUGCUUCCAAGUUUUUGUGAUAAGGCAACCGAUAUUGAAGAGGCUCUCAGCAAUGAGAAAUUUGCACGUAUUUUGUGUGACCACAUUAAAUUUCGUGAUGAUACAAGAACGAUAGUUAUGGCAGCUUUCCGCAACAUGAUUAAUGAUAACAUUGAUAAUACUGGAAGAUUAGCCCUGUAUGCUAAAAACUACAUUCCAGCUUUAUUUAAUGUUUAUCUUACUCGGCCCAAGGACAAAUCCAAAAAAGAAACAGAGGAGCCUACAAUAAGCAAUGGACAAAGACAAGCUGCAUAUUUUACAAUCAAGACUUAUCUUCAGAUUGUCCCAUUGCCAAAAUGCAAGGAAUUCCUAGGACUCAUCAUGACUAAGUAUAAUGAUGAAAUUGACAGCUUUAAAAAACAGGCAUUUUUGGACUUAGCCAGGACCUUUCUUCCUUACCUGGAUAGCAGUUUGCUUCAGCGUCUCUUUGAAAAAGUAACACCAUUGAUCGGCUCAGCAAAGGAUUCCAAGGACCAGAAAGCUGCCUAUAGAAUGUUAGAGGAAAUAUUGGGUGUAGGAACAGAGGCUAGUCAAGAUUUCGUCAUGAAGAAUCUGGAUGGCUUAUCUAAGUUGCUACUGGAAUCGCUCUCCACUGCAGCCCCUCCUUCACGUGCACCCCGCCUGAGGUGUAUGAGACAAGUCAUUCUUCAGUUGAGAACUGACAUGGAAACAUCAAGUAGAGAUGCCCUAAUGCAUCAAGUGGUGGGAGAAUGUGUCAUGUGCUGUGGGAAGAGUAUGUCUGAACCAGCACGUAAAGCUGCAUUCCUCCUCUUGUCAGAAGUUGGUGCCACCAUCCAGAAGCAUCUUCAGUGUUCAGGAGAGGACACUGUGCGUCACUGCCUGAAGCUGCUGCUGGCUGGACUGGUUGGUACACCGACUCUGGCAGCUAACUCUAUCUUGGCCAUCACUGCACUCACCUAUCAGUAUAAAGAUAUCAUAUCUAGUGACAUGAUUGAGUUGCUUAUUCAAAAUAUGUGUGUUCAGCUACUGUGCAGUUCCCGGGAGAUUGUUGGUUCCUGCUUAUCAUUCAUCAAGUCAUCUUUCACCAUCUUCCCUGUUCCUGUAAUGUCCAACCAUGUCGAUACAAUUGUUAAAGCUCUCUGUAAUAUGACACCAGAUUGUCAGAGAAAGUUCAGACAGCAGGUGCGAGAUAUCUUAUCCAGAUUGAUGCGCAAAUUUGGUGCAGAUCGUAUAAUAGCUCUGGUGCCAAAGGGCAAUACUGUGUUACAUAAGCGCAUUCGUAACCUCCGAAAAAUAGCAGCAAGAAAACAACGAGAGUGGGAGGCCAGAAAGGAGAGUAAUGAAGUAGAAGAUGACGAUGAAGACUUUAAAUCUCGGGCUCUUCCUGCUAGCCUGGAUGAAAUCUUGGCUGAGAUAAACACAGAUGAUGAGGAGGAGGAAGAGGAAACCAGCAAGAAUAAAGCUAAAAAUAAGGGCAAAAAUAAAGAAGUCAAAGAAAGGAGCACUUGGAUUAAAGAAGAUAAUGAGGGCAUAGUGGACUUCCUAGAUUCGUCAGCUGGCCAGGCUAUUGCCUCCAAACGUCCUAUUUUGAAGGCUGCUCGUGACAGGAAAGUUUCACAAGAUGAUGUACAUGAAAGUGGCUUCAAGGUAGACAAGACCACGGGCAAGCUGAUUAUUACAGAUGAUGGCAGUAAGAAGGAAGACACUAUUGCAAAAAUGGACUUCAUUGAAGACAUUGAUGAGUUCCUUGGCAUGAAGGAUGGCGCUCAGGAUGGGAAGAUAAAGAAUCGUAAAAGAACUUUAAGUGAAGGAACCAAUGAACAGGCAGAGCCUCCCAAAAAGGUUGGUGGUUUGUCUUCCAGCAUAGACAGCAAGAAGAAAGUGGCCAAGAAGCGCCAUGACUAUGGUUCUGAGUUCCGAUCUAGGAAGGCUGGUGGUGACAUGAUGAAGAAGGGUAAACUGUCUCCAUAUGCAUAUGUACAGUUCUCCAAGGACAGACUCAACAAGAGGAAGAAAGCCAAGUAUGAAGGACAGUUUACCAGCCUAGUGAGAGGAGCUAAAAGGGGUUUGGCCAAGGGCAGCAAGAAAAGACGUCGCAGCAAGAUGUGAUGAGCUGGUUAUGGAAUGUUUAAUGUUUAUCUUUUUUAGACACAUAUAUGGUCUUUAAUAAAAGAUUGAUACUGUACUAAUUAGGGAUGAAACAAUAUCAAAAUUUUUGCAAGUACGUAUUGAUAUUCAACUUUAGGCUGAUAGUGAUACCAUCAAAAUUAGCCAAUACUGAUACUAAUACCAUAAAAAUUAGCCAAUGCUGAUACUUUGGCACAUCCCUAGUUUAAAUACACUGGCACUAUUUAUGAUAAGUUUCAUCACUGUACAGAGGAAAUUGUUUAAUAAAAUAUAUAAUUA